CGGUUCACCUCAGAAUCAGUCAGAGUAGGAUUGUGGCAGUAACUGCGGACCGAGAGUCUCUGUGUUUGUUAAGGAGUUUAAUAUUUCCACCUGUCGUUACGUACAUCGUGUUUUUCUUUUAAGUAGAACGUCUUCUAAACGCAGUCGUCCUGCACACUCUAAUUUAAUGCUCUUUAAUAAUUGUUCGGCCGUUUUAUUUGCUGAACAGGAAACUUUACCUUUAAGGUCACGUUUCCUUUAACGUACCUGACGUGACCACACCUGAACGGAACUUCCUGGAGUUUCUAUGUUUUCAUAAAAGACGAAGAAAACGCUGAACAGUAGUUCACAAUACUAGUUAUAAACAGAAGAGUCAGACAGCUUCGAUGGAUGACAGCGGAGGGGCGACGCAGCCUGAGCCAGAAGCUGCCGCGGGGGUGUCCACCAGGACGGAGCCCGUCGCUCUGCAGUGGCCCACAGACCGGGAGCCGCGUGGGCCCACGGACCGGGAGCCGCGUGGGCCCACGGACCGGGAGCCGCGUGGGCCCACGGACCGGGAGCCGCGUGGGCAGACCGGAAAAGCUCAUGGGAUGAGUGUGCGCUCCAGCGAGGCAGCCAGCUGCACAGAAAGCGACAGAGAGCUCAUUGAAGAGAGAGGGGGCCCAACUACACACCCGGAGGAGCCUGUGGAGGAGCCUGUGGAGAACCAGCUGCCAGACAAAGCAGCUCAGGUGUUCAGUCCUGCAGGGAACCACUUCUCCCCCUCCCCACGCGAGGAGAACCAGCUCCUCUGGGACCCGCAGCCAGAGCAGACUCCCUUCCUGGCCCCAGCAGGACUCCCCCAGCUCUACAGCCCGCGUGGCCUCCAGGAGGAGUGGGCGGAGGACAGGCCCCCCGCCAGCUGUGGGCGAGGCUGUUUCAGCAGAAGCGCCCUGAAGGUGGGUGUUUCUGUGAUGACAUCUGCCCUCCUCUUCCCUUUCCUGGUGUGGGGAGGCUUUGUGUUCCUUCCAUUCGAUGCCCCCCUGAUGGACGGCACCCCCCCCAGGCUCAUCUACACGCUGCGCUGCAGCAUUUUCGCCACUAUUCCAAUCGUCCUGGGAUGGCUGGUCCUGGGGAUCGCACGACUCCGCUCAGGUGCAGUUAGGCCGCUAUUUGAUGAGCAGGUGAAGGGGGAGGGGCUUCGGGACUUCACUGUCCAUCGACGCUAUAUCUCCGACUCCGUCUCGCUGUUCCUCAUCUACUUUCUGCAGCUGGUUGUCAUGGCGAUGUACCUCAGUCAGGAGAACCUGAAGCUCAUCCCGCUGCUGACCAUCGUCUUCGCUUUUGGACGGCUGGUUUACUGGGCAGCAGCUGCUUUUGGCAGCAGCGUCCGUGGCUUCGGGUAUGGCCUUUCAUUCCUGCCAAGUCUUGUCAUGAUGGUUGCAAACAUCUACUUUAUCUUCUCAGCGGAGUCCAUCUUCAGCCUGUCUCCAACUGGCAGAGAGAAGUUCUGGGGAUAGAACUAAUUAGCCACCAAUAACUUCACUGCUGGCUCUCAAGAUUAGUUUAAAAGGGUUUUGUUUAAAAUGUAUAUGUUGAUAAGAUUUUAUAUAAAUUAAGUAGUUUAAGUUUUAUUUUCUUGUUUUUUUUCCUUUAAAAUGGCCUUCUCAUAAAACACAUUUGUUUGUUAAAAGGAUUUUAUCAAGUUUCACUUUUCACAAUAAAAGCAUGAAAUUUGAAA